GGGUUCAGUCACAGAGAGAGCCGCAUUCCUCAACAUUAUCACCAACUUCACCGAGUCAAUGGCCAACAUGGCCUACGAACCUCCAUGACAUUCUCCUUAUAACCCGCAUCCAGUCGCGACCCCACUGCGAGACUUCUGGGCACACCCCCGGCCGGCUCAGCCAACCAUGCUACAGUAUGAGCGCGAAGCGGGGCAAGGGACAAGUCGAGAAAGGCCCAGCUCCUUCUGCUUCGCGCAGCCCGGCCGGCAGUCAACGUUCACACAGUUCAUUCGGAGUGAGAGGCGCUGGCCAUUCCGGAAGAGUCGAUGGCCCUCUGGAUGCUUCAACCAUAGGCGCGGGAAGGGAUAUAUCACAGCAGACGACUAAAGACAGUCAGAAGAACCCUUUCACAAUUUCAAUACCUGUUAACACUUACGUGGGUUACCCCCCGCAUGCACCUCCAACGAUAAGCGAAACUGGAUCGUCUCAGGCAACGGCAAUUCAAGGACUGACUGAAGCGCGCCCGCCUGGCCCAGAUCGAGGAUCAUCAGAAGAAAGCGGAAUCACAGCGGAAUUGAACGGCCUACAUGAAAUUGAACGCCUGAGGAAUGAAGUCAAAUGCCUGAGAGCCGAAAAGACGGAGAAUCAACGGUUGAGAAAACAAGUGGCGCAGCUAAAUCACUUGCUUGAGGAUGAGAAAAGGAGGACCCAGCAGAAAGACGAGAAGCUGGCCCGGCUACAAACGCGUGUGCAGGACCUCGUAUUGCAAGACCUUAAGGCCAGUGAGUAUCAAGCAGCUUCUGCCCAAACACGGAUCCAUGACGCGAAGGAGAUGCAAGACAAAGAGAUUGAGAUUGAAAAGUUGGAGCAGCGCUGCCGGAUUUUGAAAGAGAAUAAUAAAAGGCUCCAGUCCAACAUCGAAGAGCUGAAGGUGAUAACGAAAGACGCACAAGAUCAUAUCCGCUACUCACGACUCCAGAACCAAAUCACCGAUCUUGAAAACACCGUCAAGGACCUGAGACUGAGGCGGGAGACUGUGCGAGAGCAACUAGGCCGGGCGAGCGAUGACCAAAAAGAUAAUCUUUACGACGAGAUGAGCAAUCUGAGCAAGGAUCUGAAGACGAUGAAUACUCGUUUAGCGAAACUGCGUGCCGACUUUGCAAAUAUGCCAAACCCUGCCGACUUGGCUGGAGAUAUUGGUGCGCAUUCAAGAUCAGGGAGUUAUGAUACCCAGUAUGACCCAAUUCCCGAACUGGUUACAGAUAUGUCCAGUCUUGCAUCGGCGUCGCCUCCUCAAAGUGAGUCGCUGGACUCGAUGGACGGAUACCGUUUAAAUAGGGAUUACCUGGUCGGACAAUCGCACCCAAAUGCAGAGCCCUGGGCCAAAACCGUGGAGACUCCAAAGGGAUUAUCACCUAGAGCAAGCGAUGGAUUCGCGGGUGCGGGGAAGCAGAGAACGGGUCCUUACCGAUGAGACGAGCUUCGGCAUUCCCAACAGACCCCAUCAAUGCAGGCAAACCUUUUCAAUGUACAAUGUCAUUUCCGUUAGAGUUUUCCAGUUGUAUAUAUCGUCCAGGGGUUUUCGGGUUUGUUUUCUGGAUAUCAUGGUUGCAUAGCGCGGCGUUAUGAAUAGGAGGAGCAAUUGGGAAGGAUCGAUUGGCUAAGGCGCAAGUCCAGGAAAAUGGCUUGGCGUCAACAGCUGUGGGUCGGAUGGCGUUACUGCUUUUUGUAUAGAAUUCUGGACUAAACCGCUGGGCAUCCUAUUGAUAUUGGCUUUGCGGGCUGGUGUCCUUUUGGGGGCGGUUGUUUGAAACACUUUGCCAUACUCUGGCCAGUACAAAAGUAGAGCUAUAUAUUGUUAUACAAUCAACUCCGUGCAACUGCUCGCAG